GGACAACUUCAGCAGUCUACUCCAUUCUGUAUUUGGCCCCUUUUCAACAGAGCCAUGGGUCAGUUAUUCUCUAAUACAUCUAAGGAUGAAGACAGUGGAGAUUUGCUGUCCAGCUUCACUAAAUAUUUUAAGAAGAUUAAGACAGAAAACAAAAUUAUUUCUCAGGAAACCAUUCGUUUAAUAGAAUUUCAUCUGAAAAGAGGAAACAUUCGGGAGGCACAAUCUGUAAUCAGUGAUGCAUUAAAAAAUAUUGAUAACACCCCAAUCAACAUUGCUGUGACAGGAGAGUCUGGAGGAGGGAAGUCCAGCUUCAUCAAUGCACUGAGAGGGGUUAGAGAUGAUGAGAAAGGUUCAGCUAAAGUUGGGGUAACAGAGACAACCAUGAAGAGAACUCCAUACAAACACCCUAAAAUUAAAACUUUGACUUUAUGGGACCUGCCUGGCAUUGGAACUAUGAAAUUUCCACCAAAAGAUUAUCUGGAGAAAGUGAAAUUCCAAGAAUAUGACUUCUUCAUUAUUGUUUCUGCCACACGUUUUACAAAACUUGAACUAGACCUUGCCAAAGCAAUCAGAAUUAUGAAAAAGAAUUACUACUUUGUGAGAACCAAGGUGGACAUUGAUUUACAAAAUGAAAAGAAAUGUAAACCAUGUGCCUUUGACAGAGAAAAUAUCCUGCAGCAGAUCCGAAGCUCCUAUGUGAAUUCUUUUCGUGACAAUAACAUGGAUGCACCACAGAUUUUCUUGAUUUCCAACCACAAUUUAUCUGACUAUGAUUUUCCAGUUCUGAUGGGCAGCCUGAUUCAGGAUCUUCCUAAUCAAAAGCGCCACAAUUUUAUACUUUCCUUGCCUAAUAUCACAGAGGCAGCCAUUGACAGAAAGCACAAGUCUAUGCAGCAGUUUAUCUAUUUACAAACCUCCUUACUUGAAUUGUUCACUGUUCUUCAUGUACCAGGCAAGGAGUGUGAAGAGAAGCUGGCAGCAAGUUUAAACCACUAUCGAGUCCUCUUUGGAGUGGAUGAUACAUCCUUGGAAUCCAUUGCUAAGGAUUCCCAAGUGCCUGUUGAACAACUGAAAAAAAUCAUUAAAUCUCCUUAUUUGUUUGAAACUAAGAAUAGGGAAACAUUAGAAGAAAAGUUUGUCCAAUAUUUAGAGAAAUUGUAUAAUGAUAAGCUCCUUGUUAUAGAUCCUGAUAUUGAGAAAAUCUUUUACUUUCAACGGGUUUUCCUCGACACAGUGACUGAAGAUGCCAAAGUUCUCCUUAGAGAGACAUUGAAAAAACUAGUUCAAACUCAACCUAUCCACAGCCACUGACUGUGGCAAUAUGAAAUGGUUAUUACCAGGUAGUCAUCAGAUAAAUUCUUCCUCUAAUAUAUUUUCUUUUACACUGCCAAUCCAUUACCAUGAUGAGGAAAACCUAAGCAUAGGGUCAUGUGUAUUAAUAUGUCAGAACAUGACAAUCACCAAUACCUCUUCAACUCUCUACUUUCUCCCAUUCUUUCCUCUCUGUAUUUCAACUUCACAUGCACACUUGAAUACACACACACAGAGAGAAAGAGACACACAUGUACAAGCACAUACACACACAAAAGAUAUGAAUAGAUGUUUUGUAGCUACUGUUUCCUAAUCAAAACAUUCUAACAAAGACUCUGAAAGCUGGGCACUUUAUGCUCAGUGAAUAAAGCACUUGGCAUGUACAUUUGAGGACCAGAGCUCAAUUUCCAGAACCCACAUAAAUGUUGAGUGGGUGUGGCAAUUAUCUUGUAAUUCUACACUCAGAAGAUAGAGAUAAUGGGACCAUGGACCAAGCUGGCUAGCUAGAGUGUGUAUACCUGCAAGUUUUAGGUUCAGUUGAGAGACCCCGCCUUAAUGACAAAAGUAGAAAGCCAACGAGGAGGCCCAACAUAAGUCUGAAAUACCCACACACAUGUAAACAUGCAUGCCACAAACAAGACACAUUUUAAAUAUAAACUAAAAUAAGACUCAGAAAGAAAAUCACAGGUCUCAGAAAUUCAAAGGGUUUAUGAAGCUAUCCUCAAGGUUAUAUAAGUAGUAUGCAUUUUGGGGUGUGGGUGGGGAUGCAGUUCAUACCAGCUGAGGUGCUUGCACAUCCUGCAGGGGCCUCCAUGGCUGCAGCUGUGGUGAAUCAUUGCCAUGCUGCGGUGGGCUUUUUCAGUGAUGCAGCUGUCAUUGGAUCAAUGCUCCUGUAAGUAACCUUCACCCUAAUAACCUCACUUAUUCAUGAGCUAGACAUGGAAGACAUUGUUUCUGUGGUCUGUCAUGGUUGUUCACAUGGGGUGAGUAGACAUUUGUUUUUAUCUCCCCUCAAAAUCAUGUAACAUAGUAGAUACUUUGAGUAGGGAUCUGAAGAACCAAAAAUGAGUUGAGGAAGACUGGUCUUGUCCUUACAAUGGGUGCUGACAUAUGGAAGUGAGGCUGACCAUGUGAUCAGUCUCCUCAAUCUUACACCCAGACAUAUCUAAAUAGAAACUGGAUGUAAAAGGGUAGAUCUUGGUGGGUUGUUGGAACAGAGAAUCCUGUCCAUUGUCUGUAGUGGGUGUACAUGCAGCACAACCAGGGGUAGGUAAUGUCCUAGGAUGGUAGGUGCAGUCUUAAAAUGGGGAUUUGCAUGCAUAAUACCUGCAGGUGAAGUUCCUAGAUUGCCCAGUGCACCAUCAGAAGAGGAGUGUAUGUAAAACCCAAACCAAGAGGAGCCCAGGUUGCUAAGCUAUCCUCAUGUGCUUGUCUACUUAAGGGGAGGACAGAGGGCAAUAGAAAGUUCUAAUAAAACCCUAAUAAACUCACUGACUCAUUAAACCAGACAUGGGUGGAAUCUCUUGUUUAAUUUGUCAUUGGCUCCCUAUCUGGGGUAAAUAGACUUUUCUUCAUCUUUUCCCAGGCAAAGUUAUACAAUAGCAGAGGUGUUUUAGCAUAAGUAGCCAUUGUCAAGAUACUUAGUUUGGUGUCACAGGCGCUAAGGAGUAAUUUGUACCUUGUCUUAGUCUGUUUCUGUUUAUGUGAUUAAAUGCUAACCAAAUCAACCUGAGAGAGGAAAGGAUUUAAUUGGCUGGCAGGUUACAGUCCACCAUCAAGGGAAGUGAAGGCAGGAACUGAAGUAGAGACUGCUUACUGACUUGCUCUCCAGGACAUGUUCCAAUCUACUUUCUCACACAACCCAGGACCACAUUCCUAGGGAUGACACUCACCACAGUGGGCUGGGUCCUCCUACGUCAUUUAUCAAUAAAAUGCCCCAUGCACAUUUGAAUAGGCCAAUAUGAUGGAGGCAAUUCUUCAGCUGAGAGUUCCUCUUUCACGUGAGGCAAUGUGGUUCAUGCCUCUCAUCACAGCACUCUGGUGAUUCCUUAUUCCCAAAUAACGUAACCUGAGAGACCAGCUCUCGAGGUUAUAUCCAGGGUUGGAGGAAGAAGUCCACAGCAUAGUGAAACUGAGCUUAAGGGUUUUCUAUUUGAGGGGUACAGAAUAAACUCACACAUGUGCUGUUCUGGUCUGCUCUUUUAUUAUUUUGCUCUAGUUUCAAAUGUCUACCAAUUAUAUACACAUACUACAGCAGCUCUCUGGCAAUAGAAAGGUCACAAGGCUAUUUAUUUCUCAGGGUUACAAAACCUUCUUUGUACAUACUAUAAUAGACACAUGUAGCAACAGCUUGUUAGUUUUUUUUUUUUUUAAUGGCCAGGGAUGCAGCUGUGGUUGUAAAGUUUUGGCUUGUCUCUUAAAGAGGGAGAGGUCACAAAGAGGAUAAACUAAACCAAAGAGAAAUCUAAGGAGGAAGCAAAGAAUUCAUGCACUAUUCUACAUUUCUUAAGUGUAACUAAAUUUAUAAGCUAAAAGUUUGUGAUCAGUAAAAAUGGAAAGGCAAAACACCAUUUUCUUGUUUUCGCCUGACUCAGAUAGUGCAGUCCCCCUUUGGAAGUGGCAUCAGUCAGUAGCCAUGGCAACCUGUGUAAGGCGACGGGGAAGUCUACAGUGUUGAUUCACAUCAGCAUAUUCGUCAAAUGUUAGCUGACAUAAAAAAUCGUUUCAGCCCUAGAAAUAGAUCUUCUACCCUAUCCGUGGUUUCAGAACAAAGAGGGAGCCUAGCAACUAUUUUUUUCAAGGCUGACGCCGGGCACUUCCCUGCUGCUCUGGCCAUCUGCAGGGUCUGCUUCCCACGGUAACUGGGUGAGAAAGCCUUUUCUUUCCAGACAUGGUUAGUCAGCUAACAGCCUGUUCCUGUUACUCACACAAAUCUUAGGGCUUAAACAUAAACUGUUAGUUACUGAGUCUAAAACUUUGCAUCAAUAAACUGAGGUGAAAGUAUAUACAAAAUAUUAAUAGGCUUUGGGGUCAAAGCAGGGAUGCAUGGCCUGUUAUUGGCUGACAGGAUGAACUCAGGGCAAUUUUGUUCUCUUUAACCACUGAAGAGCUUUAAUUCAAUAAACCCAGACGUAGUGUAAUUCCACCCUUGAGUAUUAUCUGUGAAAGUCCCACUUGUGAUUUAAAUACAGUGAUACCUUGUCUGGCCAAAUUGUCCUGUCAGUAAGUAAUUAUAGAACAGGAUUCUAAGUUUUUUAUUGUAAUAUGGAACAAAGACUUGACUAUGAGACUUAUUUUAUUCAUGAAAAUUAUGCAGUGUAGGGAGAAGUAAUCCUUCUAUCAGUACAUAGGAAUAAUUGUGCCUGAUAAAUGAAGAAUACACUGCUAAGGUUGUAGGACAAGUCCCAUAGGUGUUUUAGAGGGGACCAUGGCACCAUACAAGAGAAUCACAGGUAGAAGCAGCCAGCUAUUCAAAAGGCAGUAUUUCUCAUAGACCCUACCUCGUGAAUUUCUCCUCCCUCAGAGAUAUAUAUCUCUGGUGGGUUGACCUUCUAAAUAUCAGCUGUAAUCUACUGCAUAAUCUUGCAGACUCUGUUACCCAGGUCUAAUUAUGGUCAUGUCAAACCUCCCUGGCCAAAGCCACCAUCAUAUUGACUAGAUUAUUCCAGUUACCCAUAUAUCUACCACAUUUUGCUCUUCCCAUUUUCAUUUUCAAUUGUUCAUCUAGUAUUAUAAAUCCCAGAUCAAUUAGGAAGGCUUUGCCCUUCAUUUGUGAUUGUUGGUUUCUUCGGUCUUGCUUUUAAUAAAGAACACGGAUAGUACAUUUCAGACAAAGAGGAAAAGGAUUUUAAGUACAACGUAAUUGAGCUUUUGAAGACUCAGUUCAAGUCAGGGCUAUUUGGAAAGCAUCCAGGUAAUAGUCCUCAGGAAACCACAGUAUCACUCCAGCUAGGGAAGAUGUGGUUAGAGUUUCUGUGAAAUGAGGAAGUCUUGGGCUCAGGCCUCUAAUACUUAGGCUCAUAUUCACUCUUAAGGCUCAGGAGAGCACAUAUCACACACACACACACACACACACACACACACACACACACACACACACACACGUUUGUGAUACUCCAGAGUCUCACAGUUGGUAAAACAGGACUCUAUUACAACAUCAAUCAUAGUUGCCGACAAGAUAAGAUUUCAGACCCACAAUGAUGAGGUAUGAUACAGUAGUGAUUCUGGAUAAAGGGAUAAGGCAGUAACUAAGCUCUUUAAAGCUCAUUGAUAAGGUAGUAGAAAAUAAGCUGGAAAUGGUAGGGUAUAACUAGGCCUUGGGUCUUGAGAUCUUGUGGCAGUGGCCAACUUAGAUGCCAAGAUUUCUGCAGCAGAGGAAGGUAAGUGUGGAAAGACUCAGCCCUAACAGGCCUGAGGGCCAGCUGGCUGAAACCCGGUAAUAAGAUACUUCUUGAAAGCCAACCUGGGUCUACCUAAGGGCCUUAGCAACAGCAAUUGAGACAUGAUUAGAGAUGACCUGGACCAAUGAGAGGCAGCUAUGUUACAACCAGCAGAUGCAUGUUCAUCAAACCUUCCCCUGGGAUGGAGUGGAGGGUAUAUAAGGCUUGCUUCUUCCUGAAUAAACUGAGCUUGUUGUUUCAA